CAUGGCGGUGACGAGCUGAAGCUACCGGGGUAAAAUCAGGAAGAGAAAGCAAGCGCAGCUGGGUUAACGCUGACAUUUAAGCAGAUCAGUGGAGUUUCCCGGGGAGGACGGAGCGGACCUCCUUCCUUUGUCGACUUCCAACGGAGCUACUGACGGACUUGCCCACCCCUUCCAGUUUGUGAGUUUUUUUCCCUUCUGCCAGGCGCGCUACCUGUCAAGUGUCUGGACUCGGUGACAACAGCAACUUCCAACCGCUGUACGGGGGAUAUUAAACUCACCGUAUACUCGUUUACCGUUUGACCGGGCAGAGGAGGGAACAGCUCCGCUUCACCUGCUUCCCUCCUCGUUACCUGCAGCACACUUCCCCACGGCUUUCAGCAGCAUUAAUCCAUCCGUCUGCUAUCAAGUUACGGACCUGGGGGAGAGGAGUAGUUCACUGUGGAGUGAAGCGGUGACAAUUGUGUCAACGGCUGAGAAACACUCUUUGCUCACUUUCGAGGCUCAUUUGCUCAACUGUUUUGGAUGGGGAGGGAGACGUUUUGCUUGUGUGCCUGUAGACUGUCAACAACUCAGCUGAAGGGGAGAUAGAUUUCCCCCCUCUUUUUCUCCUCCCAACCAUCAGCUGCACUGUCACCAUAGGAGGUGAACAGGUGCCUUACCUGUGAACGCCACCUGUCCCCGUCCUUCCUUAGCAAAUGGCUAGCGAGGAGACAGCAGGUGAUGGAAAGGACGGGAUAUCAGGCGCCAUGGCGCUCAACCCCGGAGUGCCUAUCAGGGGGAUAAGGAUGAAAUUUGCCGUGCUUGCUGGCCUGGUGGAAGUUGGGGAAGUUUCCAACCGAGACAUUGUGGAGACGGUGUUCAACCUGCUGGUUGGCGGCCAGUUUGACCUGGAGAUGAACUUUAUCAUCCAGGAACCGGAGAGCAUCGUGUGCAUGGUGGAGCUGUUGGACAAGUGCGAGCCCACCUGUCAGGCCGAGGUCUGGAGCAUCUUCACCGCCAUCCUCAAGAAGAGCGUCCGCAACUUGCAGGCGUGCACCGAUGUGGGGCUCAUCCAGCAGGUGGUCCAGCGUAUAUCCACCACCGACAGCAUGAUCGCAGACCUUCUGGUGGACAUGUUGGGCGUGCUUGCCAGCUACAGCAUCACAGUCAAAGAGCUGAAGCUUUUCUUCAGCAAACUGCAAGGGGAGAAAGGCCAGUGGCCUCGUCAUGCGGUGAAGCUUUUGUCAGUGCUGAAGUACAUGGCUCACAGGAAUGGCCCAGACUCCUUCUUCAGCUUUCCAGGGAAAAAUGCAGCCGCUAUAGCUCUGCCUCCCAUAGCAAAAUGGCCAUACCAGAAUGGGUUUACAUUCCACACAUGGCUCCGCAUGGAUCCUCUCAACAACAUAAAUGUAGACAAAGACAAGCCUUACCUGUACUGCUUCCGCACCAGCAAAGGCCUAGGUUACUCAGCACACUUUGUGGGCGGCUGUUUGAUAGUGACCUCAUUAAAAUCCAAGGGGAAAGGAUUCCAGCACUGUGUGAAGUACGACUUCAAACCACAGAAGUGGUACAUGGUAACUCUUGUUCACAUCUACAAUCGCUGGAAAAACAGUGAAAUUAGCUGCUACGUGAACGGGGAACUGGCUUCCUUCGGAGACAUCGCCUGGUUCGUCAACACCAGCGACACAUUUGACAAGUGUUUCCUGGGAUCGUCGGAGACGGCAGACGCCAACCGUGUGUUCUGUGGACAGAUGGGGGCAGUUUACCUGUUUGGAGAAGCUCUCAGUGCUGCUCAGAUCCUGGCUAUCUAUCAGCUGGGUCCAGGUUACCAGGGCACAUUCAAGCACAAGGCUGAAAGUGACUUGCUGUUUGCGGAGCAUCAUAAGACCUUACUGUAUGAUGGCAAGCUGUCCUCUAGUAUUGCCUUCACUUAUAACCCUCGAGCCACAGAUGCCCAGCUCUGCCUUGAAUCCUCCCCCAAGGACAACGCCUCCAUAUUCGUCCACUCACCCCACGCACUCAUGCUGCAGGAUGUGAAAGCGGUGGUGACUCACUCAGUCCAGAGUGGCAUACACUCUAUCGGUGGUGUGCAGGUCCUCUUCCCUCUGUUUGCACAGCUGGAUUAUUGCCAGCCCUCCAGCCACGAGCUGGACACCUCUGUCUGCUGCACUUUGCUAUCCUUUGUGAUGGAGCUCUUGAAGAACUCAGUGGCUAUGCAAGAGCAGGUCCUGGCCUGCAAAGGCUUUCUGGUCAUCGGCUACAGUUUGGAGAAGUCUUCCAAGGUGCAUGUGACGCGGCCCGUCCUGGACAUUGUGCUGGCCUUCUCCAGAUACCUUAGCAACUUGCAGAAUGGCAUCUUGCUGCUCAAGCAGCUAUGUGACCACAUUCUGUUCAACCCUGCCAUCUGGAUCCACGCCCCUGCCAAGGUGCAACUGACACUGUACACUUACCUGGCGACAGAGUUCAUCAGCACAGUGACCAUCUAUAACGCCAUUCGCAGGGUGGGCACUGUGCUUCAGGUCAUGCAUACACUGAAAUACUACUACUGGGUUAUCAACCCUCAGGACCGCAGCGGAGUCAUGCCCAAAGGCCAAGAUGGUCCAAGGCCAAACCAGAAGGAAAUCCUUUCUUUGCGAGCCUUUCUGCUUCUGUUUGUCAAACAGCUCAUAAUGAAGGAUCAUGGAGUCAAGGAAGACGAACUACAGAGUAUCCUCAACUACCUCCUUACCAUGCACGAGGAUGACAAUCUCAUGGAUGUGCUGCAGUUGUUGGUGGCUCUGAUGUCUGAACAUCCUGGGUCCAUGGUCCAGGCCUUUGACCAGCGCAAUGGGAUUCGUGUGAUUUACAAGCUUUUGGCAUCAAAAAGUGAAGGAAUAAGAGUGCAGGCACUCAAAGUGAUGGGCUACUUCCUGAGACACUUGCCACCAAAGAGGAAAUCGGAGGUUAUGCUGAGUCACGGCCUCUUCUCCCUGCUCACUGAACGCCUGAUGCUCAACUCCAACCAGUUCACCAUGACAACCUACAACGUGCUCUUUGAGAUUCUUACAGAGCAGAUCUGUACUCAAGUGAUCCAUAAACAGCAUCCGGACCCCGACUCCACUGUGAAGAUUCUCAACCCACAGAUUCUGAAGGUAAUAGCUGCUCUGCUGAAGAACUCUCCCCCAUCCCCCGAGAGCAUGGAGGUGCGCAGGGUUUUUCUGUCAGACAUGAUCAAACUGUUCAAUAACAGCCGAGAGAACCGCAGGAGCCUGCUGCAGUGCUCGGUGUGGCAGGAGUGGAUGCUCUCUCUGUGCUUCAUCAACCCGCGAAACAACGAGGAGCAGAAAAUCACGGAGAUGGUGUACGCCAUCUUCCGCAUCCUGCUCUACCACGCCAUCAAAUAUGAGUGGGGCGGCUGGCGCGUCUGGGUGGACACCCUGUCCAUCACCCACUCCAAGGUAACCUUUGAGCAGCACAAAGAGAAUCUGUCCCGCAUGUUCCGUCAGUACCAGCGGCACGAGUCUGCGGGCUCUUUCAGCACUGUCCGAACCGUCUCUGGUGCCAGCCAAAGCUCGGAGACCGCGGAAUGUGUUAAUGGGCCACCUGCAGAGGAGACCGCCCCUUCCACUGUCAUUGAGCUGACAGUGGACAAGCUGUCCCCGAAAUCCCCUGACUCAGCAUCGAGUUCCACCAUCACCUCUAGCCAACUGGAGGCUGCUGAUGAACGGGGACACACAUCCGUCACUGUGUCCAACAUCUUGGCGCAGGCUGAAGAAGAAGACCAAAAACUGGUUCAGAAGUCUUCUCCAGAUGGCUCAGGUGAUGGGAAAGAGACUGAAGAUACUGUGAUACAAAAAAUUAAUAAAGAGGGACUGAGUGAAGAAACCAACACACAGGAACCAGUGACUGAGGCUUCCACUGAGAAAACCGAUAAUCUACAAACAUCAGUUAGUGACCAGCCUGAAACGAAGGCAGCUGAAGUGGUCAAAGACUCUGCUAAAACAUCUGUGAGUGACGACACACAAACACCUGCAACAGAUGACGAAAAAUCUGAGAGUGAACAUAACAAAGGUGAAUCAUCAAACUCCAUGACAGAUGACUCUUUAAAUGAAGCAGACACAGAGCUUCCAGUGACUUCAGAGCAAGAAAGUAAGAAUGACCAAACGUCCCCCGAGACGACGUCUUGUCUGGAGAACAGUGUGCUGGGUGGAGCCUCUGUCUUCAACGAGGACUUGGUUGACGUGUCGUCUGUUAGUGACCAGAUCCACCCUAGUGAUGCUGAUGAUAGCCAAGAAGAAUCCUCUUAUGCUUCUGCUGCUGCCGGAGAGGAAGUGGAGGUAGCGGAAAAGGAGGGAGAUAAACACGAUGAAGAUGAUGAAGGCAAGAAAGAUGAAGGACAGGAGUUUAAAAAAGAAGAAGAAAAAGAUGAAAAACAAGAAGUUACAAUGGAAGAAAAAACUGAAGAGAGUGAAGAAACUGAAAGUAAACAGAUGUCUGAUUUAGAGAGUCAGAAGUUGGAAACGACUCCAGCUGCAACACCUGAACAAAACAUGACAGAACCACCAAAAGAAAUAGUUGAAGAGGAUCAGUCUUCCUCCAUCACUGAAACCGCUACUGCAGACCAGCAGCCCGCAGAUCCCACACUGCCCUCUACAGCCCAGGAGGUUGCAGCAGCGUCAGACCCCGUCUCCACCUCACCUAGCCAACCUUCGGAAACCCCUUGCACUACCGGGGAGGAAACCCUGUCCGGUGCCCCAGACAGUAGCACCGCCACCUCAAGCUCUGACACCCAGAAAAGUGCAGACGGCAAGACCAAAGAGAUCAAAAUCGCUAGACUUGACGUGUCUAAUGUGGCCUUAGACACAGAGAGGCUCGAAUUGAAGGAGACCUAUACAACAGAAACAAGCCAAGGCCAGCCAGCGGCAGCGGCAGCAGCAGCACCACCAGCAGGAGGGUCCGCAGGCCAGCCGAGAGAGAGCGGCACCUCAGCCCCUCGUUCCACCAUGUUUCGCAUCCCAGAGUUCCGCUGGUCCCACAUGCACCAACGCCUCCUCACUGACCUGCUCUUCGCUAUUGAGACAGAUGUCCAGAUGUGGAGGAGUCACUCCACAAAGACAAUUUUGGAUUUUGUGAACAGCAGUGAGAACGUCGUAUUUGUCCACAACAGUAUACACCUCAUCUCCCAGGUGGUGGACAACCUCAUCAUGGCUUGCGGAGGCAUUUUACCUCUGCUUUCUGCUGCCACCUCUUCUUCUCAUGAACUAGAGAACAUUGAACCAUCCCAAGGCCUGGCAGUGGAGGCUUCAGUCACCUUCUUACAGCGGCUCAUCAACCUCGUGGAUGUUCUCAUCUUUGCCAGCUCCCUCAACUUCUCCGAGAUAGAAGCUGAGAAAAACAUGUCGUCAGGAGGCAUCCUCCGACAGUGCCUUCGUCUUGUGUGUGCUAUGGCAGUGAGGAACUGUCUGGAGUGUCAGCAAGCCCAGUUUAAGCACAGCAAAGAAGGCUCAGCACACAGCUACACAACCAUGCCCAGUGCUGUGCUCGGAACAGCCAAGUCUGCAGCCGCUCAGAGUCCUGUUGACGCAGUGACAGGUGGAAUGUCUCCAGUCAGAGAUCUGGACCGGUUGCUCCAGGACAUGGACAUUAACCGCCUCAGGGCCGUCGUCUUCAGAGAUAUUGAGGACAGUAAGCAGGCCCAGUUUCUGGCUCUUGCUGUGGUCUAUUUCAUCUCAGUCCUCAUGGUGUCCAAGUACCGCGACAUCCUGGAGCCCCACAAUGACAAGAAACACCCUCAACGAUCCCAGUCUUCCAGGAGCACAGAUAGUGGUGCCAUUUCUGGUGGACUAGAAGUGGAAAAUGGUGUCUCUUUCCGGAGGUAUGAUUCUGGCAUCGGUGAAGACCACACCUCAACCGCAGCGAGCGAGGCAGAUCUGUCAUCCUCUGGCGUGGCUCAUGGUCCAGACGCCAUCUCAGAGGCCUUGUCUACGCUGUCGUCUGAGGUCAGACCCGCUCUUCCCGCUGAUUCAAAGGGCAAGAAUGUGAAGGACAUUCUGCGCAGCCUAGUGAGCACUCCGGCUGAUGAUAUCAUGGUGGAUCCAAGUCUUCUGCCACCAGCUUUUCUAGGAAGUGUGGGCGAUGCAGCCAGAGAAUCAUCGCUGCAGUUCCGCUCGUUUGAUAGAAGUGUCGUCGUCGCACCUAAGAAAGCGGGCAUGACGCCGUCUCCAGGCACUUCCACUCCUGUCCCAGCAGCCACUGCUGCCUCAGUGUCCGGUGGGACACCUAUUGACAGUGUCGCUGUGGUAUCUUCUGGCGACGCCUCUCAGAGCACCUCUGCAGACUCUGCAGCUGCAGGCGGCCAGGUUCCAGCCAGCGCUAGCUUGCCAUCUGUCCCCCCACUCUCCCCUGUGACCCAGCACACAGCCCCCAAUAUGAGUAUCUCAGAGCGUCUGGAACAUGCUCUGGAGAAGGCAGCUCCUCUGCUGAGAGAGAUCUUUGUGGACUUUGCCCCUUUCCUCUCUCGAACCCUGCUGGGCAGUCACGGACAAGAGCUCCUCAUCGAGGGCACCAGCCUGGUGUGUAUGAAGUCCAGCAGCUCAGUGGUGGAGCUCGUCAUGCUCCUGUGUUCACAGGAAUGGCAGAACUCCAUUCAGAAGAAUGCAGGUCUAGCCUUUAUUGAGUUGGUCAACGAAGGCAGGCUGCUGAGUCACACCAUGAAGGACCACCUAGUUCGCGUGGCUAAUGAAGCAGAAUUUAUCCUCAGCCGACAGAGAGCUGAAGACAUCCAUAAACAUGCAGAGUUUGAGUCUAACUCUGCUCAGUACGCCGCAGAGAAGCGAGAUGAAGAGAAAAUGUGUGACCACCUGAUCCGUGCAGCCAAGUACCGCGACCAUGUGACGGCCACGCAGCUCAUCCAGAAGAUAGUCAACAUUCUGACUGACAAACACGGAGCUUGGGGAAACUCUUCCAUAAGCCGACCGAGGGAGUUCUGGCGCCUGGACUACUGGGAGGACGAUUUAAGGCGGCGACGUCGCUUCAUCAGGAACCCCUUCGGAUCCACUCACUCAGAGGCUACGCUCAAAGCUGCAGCCGAACACGUGGCUGAUAUCAGUGCGUCCGAAGAGGAUAUUCUCAAAGGCAAGCAGUCCAUCAGGAGUCAGGCUCUGGGAAAUCAAAACUCUGAGAGUGAGACGUUACUCGACGGAGACGAUGACACUCUGUCAUCUUUAGAGGAAAAGGACCUGGAGAACUUAACAGGCCCGGUAAACGUGAGCACCAGUGCUCAGCUGGUGGCUCCGGCCGUGGUGGUGAAAGGCACCCUGUCCAUCACCGCCUCCGAGCUCUACUUCGAAGUGGAUGAGGACGAGCACGGCUUCAAGGCCAUCGAUCCAAAGAUUUUAGCCUAUACAGAAGGUCUUCAUGGAAAAUGGCUGUUCACAGAGAUCCGGGCUGUCUUUUCAAGGCGCUACUUACUGCAGAAUACCGCUCUGGAAAUCUUCAUGGCAAACAGAACGGCAGUCAUGUUCAACUUCCCAGACGCAGCCACGGUCAAGAAGGUGGUCCACAGUCUUCCUCGUGUUGGGGUGGGCACCAACUUCGGCCUUCCACAGACCAGACGUAUAUCUCUGGCCACACCAAAGCAGCUAUUCAAGGCAUCCAACAUGACCCAGCGCUGGCAACGUCGUGAGAUUUCCAACUUUGAGUACCUCAUCUUUCUCAACACCAUCUCUGGUCGAACCUUUAAUGAUCUAAACCAGUACCCGGUCUUCCCCUGGGUUAUCACCAACUAUGACUCAGAGGAACUUGACCUCACUCUGCCUAGCAACUUCAGAGAUCUGUCAAAGCCCAUCGGUGCUCUGAACCCCAAGAGGGCAGCAUUCUUUUCAGACCGAUAUGAGUCCUGGGAGGAUGAUCAGGUGCCGAAGUUCCACUAUGGCACCCACUAUUCCACCUCCAGCUUCACACUGAUGUGGCUACUGCGUAUCGAGCCCUUCACAACGUUCUUCCUUAACUUCCAAGGAGGGAAGUUUGACCAUGCUGACCGCACCUUCUCUUCAGUGUCCCGGGCCUGGAGAAACUGCCAGAGAGACACAUCGGAUGUUAAGGAGCUGAUUCCAGAGUUCUACUACCUCCCAGAGAUGUUUGUCAAUGCCAACACAUACAACCUGGGAGUGAUGGAGGACGGCACUGUCGUCUCUGAUGUGGAGCUGCCACCCUGGGCCAAGACACCAGAGGAGUUUGUACGCAUCAACCGCCUGGCUUUGGAGAGUGAGUUCGUGUCCUGCCAGCUCCACCAGUGGAUCGAUCUGAUCUUUGGCUACAAGCAGCAGGGACCUGAAGCCACCAGAGCUCUCAAUGUUUUCUAUUAUCUCACCUAUGAAGGGGCAGUCAACCUCAGCUCCAUCAACGACCCCAUGCUCAGAGAAGCUGUGGAGUCUCAAAUUAGGAGUUUUGGACAAACCCCCUGCCAGUUGCUCAUUGAGCCACACCCACCCCGAAGCUCAGCCAUGCAAGUGACCCCGCUGAUGUUUACGGAGCAGAUGCAGCAGGAUGUUAUCAUGGUGUUGAAGUUCCCAUCCAACUCUCCCGUGACCCACGUAGCGGCCAAUACCCAACCGGGUCUGACAUCACCUGCCAUCAUCACGGUCACUGCCAACCGCCUCUUUGCUGUCAACAAGUGGCACGGCUUGACAGGUCAUCAGAGCUCAACGGUGCAGGACCAGCAGUACCAACUUCCUGUGGAAAUUGACCCUCUGAUAGCCAGUAACGUGGGCAGUCAUCGUCGUCAAAUCUCAGACCUGCUGGACCAGAGCAUUCAGAUCAGCUCACAGUGUUUCGUCAUCACAGCCGACAACCGCUUCAUCCUUCUGUGUGGCUUCUGGGACAAGAGCUUCCGGGUCUACUCCACUGACUCAGGUAAACUGACUCAGAUAGUCUUUGGGCAUCGCGAUGUGGUGACGUGUCUGGCUCGCUCCGAAUCGUACAUCGGAGGAGACUGCUACGUCCUGUCAGGCUCCAGAGAUGCCACCCUGCUGCUCUGGUAUUGGAAUGGAAAGCACAGCAGCAUUGGAGAGAGCCCAGGCACAGAGUUUACCACACCGCGGGCCAUCUUGACAGGCCAUGACUGUGAGGUGACGUGUGCAAGUGUGUGUGCUGAGUUGGGUCUCGUCAUCAGCGGCUGCAAAGAGGGUCCUUGUCUGAUCCAUUCCAUGAAUGGGGACCUACUGCGGACCCUGGAGGGCCCGGAACGCUGCCUGCGGCCCCGCCUCAUCCAAUCCUCCACCGAGGGCCACUGCAUGAUUUACUACGACAAGGGACAGUUUUGUCUCUUCAGCGUCAACGGCAAACUGCUGGGACACAUGGAGGUGGACGACAGCAUCAAGGCCAUGCUUCUCAGUCGUGAUGGCCAGUAUCUGCUGACAGGUGGUGAUGGAGGUGUAGUAUCUGUCUGGCAGGUCCACAACCUCAAACAGCUGUUCACCUACCCUGGCUGCGACGCAGGAAUCCGCUCCAUGGCCAUGUCACAUGACCAAAGGUGCAUCAUAACUGGCAUGGCAUCUGGAAGCAUCGUCCUCUUCUACAACGACUUCAACAGAUGGCACCACGAGUACCAGACACGGUACUGAGCUGACGACAGCAACAAAACUGACUGACAUAGUUGGAUACUGAUAAAAAUCCAAACUGUUGCAAGUGUGAACUCUUCUCAACAGCACUAUUCUGUCUAUAUCCUGAUAUCCUGAAUGUAUCUCAAUGAAAGAAGAAAAAAAAAAUCUGUCCUGUAAUAGAAAAAUAAUCAAACUAUUUUUAAAAAGGGCAUUGCUAUAUUUUGUAGCUCAGAUAGAAAAUUUUCAUAUAAAUCAUAGGGUGGGGGUUAUGUUACUGUACGGUUAAAAACAAAUCUAUUUUUAGCUGUAAGAGUCUAUUUUCAUCUCCUUCGGAAAAGAAAAGAGGGAUUUGUGGGGAACUAGUCAGAAUCUUAUCUCUUGACUUAAGAAUCCAAAUAUUUGUGUACUUUAGGGUGAGUGGUUUUUGUUUGUUUUUCAGUAGGUGUGUAUGUGGGGAAUAAUUAUUAAGCUGUCAUUCACCUUUAACAUGCGUUUUGCCAUUUUGGCAACACAGCAGAUACAGUAGAUAUGAAAUGUUUCAAUAAAUAAUAAAUGUAUUGAACAGAGGGAUAAAUGAAGAGGUAAUAUACAUCUAUAUAAAUAUCUAUAUAUACUGUUUAAAUGUAGUCCUCCAUAUUUAAAAUCUCCAUUCCCUCUGUACCUCUGUGCUUGCUAAGAGAUUCUGUGCAUGGCCCACUAUUCAUGUAAAACAUAUCAGAGCAGAUCUAUCGCUUUAUCAUGUAAUACUUCACACAUCAAAACACAAAACUUCCCCGCAUCAGUGAUGUUAAUGAUGAGCUUUAUGCAGUGGAGGAUGAGAGGAGAAUCAUGUUAAGGAUUAUUCUCAUUUUACAUUUACAUUUCUCUCCUAAAUGACUGAAAUUUGAAAAUAUUUGUUUCUAAAAAUGGGAUUCCUGACCAAUACCUGUGUUGAAAAGAGUGAGUGUAUGAGAUCUGAUUGGCACAGGGUAUAUCCACACUUGUUGUUUUUUUUUUAAAACAUCACUAAAUGAAAAUCAUAUCAUAUCCAGUGUCCAAGCCAGCUUAGCGUCUUCAAAGUCCUCUUUGAGUCCUGUCUCCAAAGCAGCUAACAGCAAAGUGAGAUGUGCAAUGAAAGGAAGGACUUAUUCUUUUUCAGUCCAAGGUUCUUUCUCCUCUUCAUCGCAGCAGUCUAGAUCACAGAAUGAGUGAUUAUGCUGGGAUGUGAUUCAGCACUAAAAUGGUGAUGAAACGGUUUCCUUUGGCCCUCAGUAAAAUAAACGUCCAACUCUAACUUUUGAUUUUUGAGGAAACAUUCCUUCAAAGUUUGUGCUUUGAUGUGGUUUGAAUCUCCAGUUAUAUAAAAACUAGUGUCAUCUAUCAACCAAUAUUUUUGCAAUCAUUUUGGAGUGUUUUGUGUGCCGAGUUCUGACAAUAAAAUGGAAUUUUAUAACUUGA